UGUCUUUGGUCACGCUCUGUUGUAGCUGACGCUUCUCCCGACUCAACUACUAGUUCAGUGUAAGCAGCUUUAAAUACAUAUUAUCUUUUUUUUUUAUUUGUAAAGUUCCUCAAAUAGGAUACACCAGAAUGUCUCACACUGUCGUUACUACUACAAGCACAACAACAACAUCCUCAUCGGAUGGAGGAUUUUGCAACAUCGGGUAUGCGCGUUCAUUUCAAGGAUUACUGAAAAUCGGCCAAGUGGUGAUCCUCCUGAUUGCUUUCCUUUGUGUGCACUGUAAGGGGACCAAUAAUUACUCCGCCUACCGCUACUUUGAGGUGGUCACUGCAUGGUUUCUCAUCGUCUUCUUAAUCUUCUUCCUCAUGUAUUUGUUUGGACUUCAAAGCAAAAUCACAUGCAUCAACUGGACAUUGACGGAGUUUUUACAUUAUGCUGUGGGAGGAAUCCUGGUCUUUAUUGCCUCUAUAGUUGUUGCUGUGAAGAGUCAUGGGAUCUCAGCUUUGAUCGCUGGAUCUGUGUUUGGCUUUAUAGCUACUUUUCUUAUUGCAAUCAGCAUAUUGACUUCUUAUAAGGUCACAUGUGGCUCUCAACCAACUGGUGCUGCAGUGUAACUGGAUGGAAGACACUGUCUUAUCAGAUGAAAGUAGCAAGAAAAAUUAUCAAUUUGUUCUGGAGAGAUGAGUUCUUUAAGGACAUUAAAGGGACAUUUUCGGUUGUUUUUGAAGAUGCUUUAUGCUUCAAGAGUGGAUUUCAUCAUCAAAAUUAUAGUGCCUCAGUGAACUUAAUCGGCUGGGGUCAAACUUAGAAUUUUUCAGAAUUAAGACUGGUUUUAAGAGUGUUGAUUUGAUAUAUUUAUCAACAAUGUCUGAAACCAAAAGGGACCAUUUAUUCACGAGAAUGUUUACAUUAUUUAUUUGACAGUAUAGAUAUCGUGUGAUGCAGAUUUGAUUUAGUGCCUGUGAUCAAAGAAUAUUUUGGCUGAAAUUAGGUGUUCAUGAAGGAUUGAUGCUGAU